AUUCAUUAGUAGUAUUAAACUAUUGCGUGUAUUGUGUGUGUAUUUUAUCUGAAUUUGAACUUUCCAGAGUCCCGCUCUUGAAUAGUGUGAUGUGGGCUUCUUCUCUCUCUCUAUUUUGAAUGUCUCAGAUUGAGCUUUUCCUCUAUUUCUUGGAGCUUAAAUAGAGGUAGCAAGGCUGAUAACUCAAAGUAAGAAGCCUUCUUUGCUCUAUCCAUAAGCUUGAGAAAUGAAGAACAAAAAUAUAUUAGCUGCUGUUGUUAGAGAUCCGACGGCUCGAGUGACAAGAGCUCAAGCUGCUGCCUCUCAAUCAUCUGAAGGAAUGAAUAAUUUGGAUGCAUCAAAGCAGCACCUCCAGAAGCGGAAUAACUCAAAAAGAGUAGCUUUGGAUGAAAAGAAUAGUUGUGCUCCUACUAAUCAGCAUAAAAGGAGGGCAGUGCUCAAGGACGUGACUAACAUAUGCUGUGAUAAUUCAUACAGAAACUGCGUAAAUGCAACUAAACUUACGAAUAAAAAUGCGAACCUGGUUAAAAACUCAUCAGUGGAUGUUUGCAAGAUAGCACCACCUGUUGCAGUGAACAUCCAGCAAACUUCAAAAAGCAAAAUUGUUCGAGAAGCGGCAUCAUCGAAAGCAGAAACUGAUUCCGCAGAAGGUUUAUGUUUGUUGGAAGAGAAUGCACAUACUGAGCAGAUUGCUGUUGAUGAUUCUUUCAAUGAAAUACCUUUGCAUGACAGGCCAGAGGUUGAAGUGCAUAAAAAGAAAGAAGAAAAUCGAAGUCUUGUGCGGUUGUCAAGCUGUUUAAAGGCAAAAUUAAUAGAUAUCGAUUCUAAUCAUAGUGAUCCUCAGUUGUGCAGUCAUUAUGCUCCAGACAUCUAUAACAAUUUACGAGUUGCUGAGCUCAUGCGAAGGCCAGAUUCCAGAUCUAUGGAAAUUGUCCAACAAGAUGUCACCAAGGGUAUGCGAGGAAUUCUGGUUGAUUGGCUUGUGGAGGUGUCUGAGGAGUAUCAGUUGGUGCCAGACACACUUUAUCUCACAGUGCAUCUCAUUGAUUUGUUUCUUUCUGAAUACUACAUUGAAAGGAAAACACUUCAACUGUUGGGCAUAGCUUGCAUGUUAAUUGCUUCGAAAUAUGAAGAAAUUCUUGCACCACGUGUUGAGGAAUUUUGCUUCAUCACUGACAAUACUUACACCAAAGCAGAGGUCCUUACAAUGGAGAGCAAAGUUUUAAAUGACUUGAGGUUUCAAAUCUCUGCACCUACUGCAAAAACUUUUCUACGGAGAUAUUUGAGAGCAGCACAAGCUUCUUACAAGAGCCCAAGUCUGGAGUUGGAGUUCUUGUGCAAUUAUCUUGCGGAACUGACAUUGAUUGAUAAUGGCUUCCUGAAUUUCAUCCCGUCAAUAGUCGCAGCAUCCGCUGUAUUUCUCGCUAAAUGGACUUUAGACCAGUCAAGCCACCCUUGGAAUCCAACAAUGGAACAUUACACUCGUUACAUGGCAUCAGAUCUCAAACCCACGGUUCUUCAGUUGCAAAGUUUGCAAUUAAACACCAGUAAUUGCCCUCUCAAUGCUAUACGUACCAAAUAUCGACAAGACAAGUUCAAAUCUGUUGCGGGUUUAUCUUCUCCAAAACUGCCAGAGACCCUAUUCUAACAAAGUAAAAUGGAGUGCUAACAGAUGCACAUAUCUUACUGUACUGUGCAAGAAUGCUAUUUAACUGUCUAUGGAUUUCUGCGUUUCCUCCCCGUCCUCGAGUUAAGGAUUGUAACUAAAAAGUGCUAAGCUAUAUAAUCUUUUGUAUGCUGCUGCAUUUUUCUGUUGGUUUCUCCUUUUGCUCAGUUGAUUCAUCAAUGUUCAUAAACUCUGGUGGUUUUGUUCUCACAAACCUUUCUCUUUUGUGAUGCUGUAACCAUCAUAAAUUGGUUGAUCCCAGCAAAGCCUAUUAUAAUUAACUGUAACUUGGCAUCUUAGCUUUCAUCUCAAAUGUGGAGCUGAACAAUUUGAGUAUUUGCAAAAUUAUCUUUUUCAUUUA